AUUCCAUAACAUCAGACUUACUUAUCUUUUUUUCUCGGUUGUUGACCUUGUAUUGAACUAAAGACUGAUCAAUUGCAAGAACUACGGACCUCCGGUUAACAAAUAAUUUGUCCUCUUUGAUAAAUUGUUUCAUGCGCAUGCGCCCUUCCUGUCGUUUACGGAACCUGUCCAAAAUAAAACUACUUAGAAUUUGUGUAAGAUGCACCCCUACCCAGAUAAGCGUUUUCAAAAAAUAAGAUCAGCAGUAUUUUGAAACAUUUUCCAAUUAACUAAAGUGAUUAAAUAUCGUAUCAAAUCUUAUUGUUUUAAAUGUUUUAAAUUGUCAUCUACGGUUUUGAUCAACUCACAUAAUGAAGUAGAAACAUUCACAUUGUGAAAAUAUUAAUGGCGGCGUUGUCGGACCCUAAAAACCAAUUCAUGAAAAAGUUAAUGGAUUUCGGUAAAGAAAAGGUUAAAGAAAUGAUACCACGUGGAGACACAUGUAACCAAUACGUUGUUGCUUGUAUAGCCUCGGAAGAAGAAUUAGAAGAGAGAUAUAGCACCAUAAUAGAAGACGCUGGAAAAGGUUCACCGGAAACAACAGAUACGUACUACUUUUCUAAACGCCUUGUAGUAAUUUUGAAUAAACACCAUUGGCAUGGAGAAGCCAGACUCCUCGAUCCAACAGGAAGACUAUGGGAAACUGUGACAACAGAAAAAGAUAAAAAAGAUGAUAGAGAACCUUUUGAGGGGCGUUAUUUUGUUGGCAAGAUGAGAGAAAACUUUCCUGCCGAGGUGUGGGGGACCCCAAAGCUAGUGCUAUUCAGUCACUAUAUUCCAUGUACGAUCCCAAGACACCAAUGCGCAAGACUAAUCGAGGAAUAUGUCAAUACAACCGGGACUGAAAUCAUUCUGUCUUACGAAAGGUCACACGGUGACACUGACGAAGAAAGGGCAUAUGCUAUAUUAUCUAGGAAUAAAGAAUAUAUAACAAUUAUACUUCCGUGGAAACAAGAUCAGGAAGCAAUUGUUGAACAGGCUGAAAGUUUUUUAGAGCGCAUGGAAAGAGGAACUAAAAGGGACCGCAAGAAACACAAGAAACGCAAAGAGCGCGAAACAGAAAAUACGACCGAAAGUUCACAACAUAGACAAAGAAACCGCAAACGAAAGAGGAAACGGUCCAAAUAAAUCUCAUCUGGUAUAGCAGGAGACUGCAACAUUUCAUUUAAGAAGAGGGAUACACAUGAAAAGGAUAACAUUUAAUGUUGUUACAGACUGCGUGUUACCUUAAUGACGACAACUGACCGUUUAAUGCCAAUGUUUUCUGAGCAUAUUAUAGAUGAGUAAUUUGUAUGCUAUUUGUAAUUAGCCAUUCUUAUAUAAAAACCUUCAUUUUGUACUUCACUUAAUGCUUAACUUUAUGCAAAUUGGACUGAUUGCGAAUUAAUUUUCUGAGAAUAGUGUGUGAGUGGAUUUUGUAGCGAAAUAUGGAUGAAUAUUUGCAUAUAAUACUCGGUAAUUACCUUUGUGAAAACUUGUAUCAUUUACAGAAUCUAUGAUUGUUCCUUUGUAAAUAUCAUCCGAGAAUAAUUCUAAUAAUGAACUUACAGCUGUCGUAGAAUGUAUGACCGCGAUACAAUAAUUUGACUAAAUAGUAUUUAAUUGGCGGCGGUAUGCAAGGUGCUUUUUAAA